AUGACGACUCUGUUCACCGUUCCAAUUAGCUCCACCGGGGGCUCGAUUGUCUGCACGAACCCCAGCACAGCGGAAGAGCAUCAGACCAUCUAUGUGCUCACCUUCACCUCGCCCCCGGACAACAGACUGACUCCUACUUUUAUUGAUGCUUUGCUGCUCGCUCUCGACAUUAUUGAGCAUCGCUACCCCAAGGGCGUUGUAGUCACUACUAGUGGAAUUGCCAAGUUCUACAGCAAUGGACUUGAUCUCGAUAUCGUCGCGCAGACCGAAGGUUUCCUUGAGAACUGGUUGUGGCGACUGUUCCGCCGAUUCUUGACAUACCCUAUGCCAACUGUGUGCCUACUAAAUGGACACGCAUUUGCUGGUGGCUUCAUGUUGGCCAUGUACCAUGACUACCGUAUCAUGAAUCCGGACCGUGGAUUCCUCUGUGUCAACGAGUUGGAGUUCGGCGUGCCGCUCCAAACGCCAAUGAUGGCUAUCUUCCGCGAGAAGUUGACCCCGGUCACCUUCCGCAAUGUUGUUCUCGAGGCCCAUCGCUUCGGUGGUCGCAAAGCUCUCGAGGCUGGCAUUGUCGAUGCCGUUGGUGGUGCCGAGGAAGCGCUUAAGCUGAUCCAGGAGCGCAAGCUUCAGACUAAACCCGCAACAGGUAUCUACGGUACCAUGAAGGAGGAGAUGUAUGCCCGCGUUUUGAAUGGCUUGGAUGACCAUGCUGGAAACUUGCAGUGGAGAGAGAAGGUCGAGGACAAGAAUGAGGCUGUCAACAAAAGAGGCGCGGAGGCUGUCCAGGCGUUUGAGAAGAAUAGCAAAGCCAAGCUUUGA